AUGUCGGACAACAAACUUAUCGUCAUCUUGGGCAGUGGACCUGGAAUCGGAGCUAGCACAGGGGCACUCUUUGCAUCCAAGGGUUUCAAUGUUGCAUUGCUCUCUCGGAAUGUUGAACGUCUGAGUCAGGAUGCUGCCAGAGUGCAAGCGGCCAAUCCUGGUGUCACGGUCAAAGCGUACCCUGUUGACGUUGGAGACCACAAUGCCCUGGCAUUAGUGCUGGCCAAAGUCCACGAAGAUCUCGGGCCCCCGGAAGUCGUAUAUUACAACGCAGCAAGAGUUAUGCCCUCAAGGAUCGGUCAGACCGCUCCGGACUUCCUGCUGGAGGACUUCAAGAGCAUGAACAUUGGACUGUUUGUAGCGGCGUCGUGGGCGAUACCUCACCUGACGGCGGUGGCAGAGCGACCCGGGUCUCAUCCAUCGUUUCUGUUCACCAACAGCGGCCUGUAUGACCGUCCGCUGGCAGACUUCGCCUCGCUCUCCAUGCAAAAGGCAGCGCAGUAUAACCUGCUGCUGAGCUUGAAGCAAAUGGUGGAAGACAAGGGUGUCCACGUCGGGGGCGUCAACAUUGGCGGACUCGUCCUGGCAGAUCACCCCAUCACCAACCCUGACAACACCGCGCGAGCCCUCUACGACAUGUACCUGCAGGACAAGCCCAACUGGCAAUGGGAGGUCAAGUUGGGAGACUGGGAUGAGUUUCUGAGGGAGAUGGCGGCGGCUCAGAAGUCCGCCUGA